AUGAGAGUACACAUGGAUUGCCCUGGAUGUGAAAACAAAGUGAAAACUGCACUACAAAAACUAAAAGGGGUGGAUGGCAUUGAAAUAGACAUGAAAUUGCAGAAGGUGACUGUGAAUGGCUAUGCUGACCAGAAGAAGGUUCUGAAAACUGUACGAAAAACUGGUCGCAGGGCUGAGCUGUGGCAACUUCCAUAUACAACAGAGGCUCAGAGCCAAUAUUUUCAGCAGCACCAUUGCAAUGGCCCUCUCACCUACUAUGCUUCUCAACCUUCCUCAUCUUAUAACUAUUACAAACAUGGUUAUGAUAGCAGUGAUCCUCGCCAUUUCAACUAUCCUUCACAAUCUUCCAUCUUUGGCAACCAAACUGGUGCUACUUUUAGUGAUGACAAUCCCCACGCUUGUUCCAUUAUGUGA